GACGCGCCUCCGGGUCAGCCUCCGCCUCUGACGUCCUUAUAUCGGUCCUCCCUCCUCUGGCUGCAUCCCCGCCCUCAGAGUCUGGAGAGCGGCUGGAGCCCUGCGGGAGCGCUAGGUGAAGGAGGCCGGCGGGAAGCGGGCGAGCCGCGGGAAGCAGGCACCAUGGUGCUCUCGGUGCCUGUGAUCGCGCUGGGCGCCACGCUGGGCACAGCUACCAGCAUCCUUGCGCUGUGCGGGGUCACCUGCCUGUGCCGACACAUGCACCCCAAGAAGGGGUUGCUUCCUCGGGACUGCGAGCCCGACCCUGAGAAGGCGAGGCCAGGCGUGCUCCAGCCGGCCCAACAGUUCAACGUUAAAAAGUCAACGGAGCCUGUCCAGCCCCGACCUCUUCUCAAGUUCCCAGACAUCUAUGGUCCCCGGCCAGCAGUGACAGCCCCAGAAGUCAUCAACUACGUAGACUACACUCUGGGGUCCACAGAGGAGUCUGCUGCACCUGCCAGUCCCCAGGCCCAGAGUGACAGUCGCCUUAAGAGGCAGGUCACAGAGGAGCUGUUCAUUCUUCCUCAGAAUGGUGUGGUGGAGGAUGUCUGUGUCAUGGAGACCUGGAACCCAGAGAAGGCUGCUAGCUGGAACCAGGCCCCCAAACUCCACUUUCGCCUGGACUACGAUCAGAAGAAGGCUGAGUUAUUUGUGACUAGCCUGGAAGCUGUCACCAGUGACCAUGAAGGAGGCUGUGACUGUUACAUCCAAGGCAGUGUGACCAUUAAGACCGGCUCUGUGGAGGCACAGACAGCUCUGAAGAAACGGCAGCUGCACACCACCUGGGAGGAGGGCCUAGCCCUGCCCCUGGGUGAGGAUGAGCUGCCCACAGCCACCCUAACACUCACCCUGCGCACCUGUGACCGCUUCUCCCGCCAUAGUGUGAUUGGGGAACUCCGCCUGAGCCUAGAUGGAGCAUCUGUGCCCCUGGGGGCAGCACAGUGGGGUGAGCUGAAGACCACAGCAAAGGAGCCAUCUGCAGGGACUGGGGAGGUCCUUCUGUCAAUCAGCUAUCUCCCAGCUGCCAAUCGCCUCCUGGUGGUGCUGAUUAAAGCCAAGAACCUCCACUCCAAUCAAUCAAAGGAACUUCUGGGCAAGGAUGUCUCUGUCAAGGUAACCUUGAAGCACCAGGCUCAGAAGCUGAAGAAGAAACAGACAAAACGGGCCAAGCACAAGAUCAACCCUGUGUGGAAUGAGAUGAUCAUGUUUGAGCUACCAGAUGACCUGCUGCGGGCAUCCAGUGUGGAGCUGGAGGUGCUGGGCCAGGGAGAGGAGGGCCCGAGCUGUGAGCUGGGCCAUUGCAGCCUAGGUCUGCAUGCCUCUGGCUCUGAGCGCAGCCACUGGGAGGAGAUGCUAAAAAACCCACGCCGCCAGAUUGCCAUGUGGCACCAACUGCACAUGUAGUCAGCUGCUGGCCACCAACCUUGACCUUCUUGGGCAUAGUCAUCC